AAAAUUGAAUCGAACGAAUUGAAAUGAAGUACCACAUUAAAUAUCUUUUUAGAUUUAAAACCCCAAAAUGGAAGAGUAUAUAAACCCCAGAAUUCCCAAUAUAAAACAGUUCCCAAAAAGUACCAUGUUCACCCUCCAAAUUCACACCGUCGACUCACCUCAACCUCUUCCGACCACCACCACAAUCGCCACCACUUCCUCCGCCGCACACGGUCCAAACCCUAACAACAGUAGCAAUAAAAGUAGCCUGAAUCUAUCGGAACUUAGAGGAAUCGCCCAUCUCUUCCGCCACCUUCCGUCGUCUUCCACUUCCACUGCCACCACUAUUUCCAACCCUAUUUCCCGUACAACCACCGUCUUCAUUGUUGCCGUUCCAAAUUACCUAUCGCCCGAUGAUUUCCUACUCUUCUGUGGGACUCAUCUUGCCGAUUUCUCACAUGUCAUGUUCCUCAAGAAUGACGGAGUAGAACAUAGUUACAGUGUGUUGAUCAAUCUUGUUAGUCAAUUGGCUGCCGAUGGGUUUUACUGUAGCUUCAAUGGCAAAAGGUUUAAGCCUACUGAGGCUGAGGUUUGCCAUAUAUACUUUAUUCAAUCAGUGGAGUACGCAGAGUCAGCCUAUAUUGCAAGUACCCCUCCUGUUGGUUAUACUGAAUUGCCAACAUGUCCAGUAUGUCUUGAAAGAUUGGACCAAGAUACAAGUGGAAUACAGAGUACACUUUGUGACCAUUCCUUUCAGUGCUCUUGUGUCUCGAAGUGGACCUAUUUGGCUUGCCAAGUGUGUCGACUUUGUCAGCAGCAAGAUGAGAAGCCUGCUUGUUCAGAGUGUGGAACAGUGAAGAAUCUUUGCGUUUGUCUGAUUUGUGGUUUCGUAGGGUGUGGAAGAUAUGAGAAAAAGCAUGCAAUAAAACAUUGGACUGAUGCAGCGCAUCACUAUUCACUUGAAUUGGAAACCCAACAAAUCUGGGAUUAUGUAGGGGACAAGUAUGUCCACCGAUUGAAUCAAUCGAAAGGUGAUAGCAAGUUGGUUACUGUUAAUUCUCGUUGUACUGCAGCUGAUGGAGAAUGUACUACUUGUGUGCAUGAUGAGGAUUCAAGUUUUAGUGGUGCCCUUUUUAGCAGCAAAGUUGAUUCGAUUGUUGAUGAGUACAACGAUCUUCUUGCUAGUCAACUGGAGACUCAGAGACAACAUUAUGAAUCUCUACUAGCUGAGGCAAAAAGUGGAAAAGAGAGCUCAAUAUCCAGAGCAGUGGAGAAGGCGGUUUUCUCUAAGAUGAAUGACUUGCAGGCUAAGGUAGAAAUGUAUACCGAGGAGAUGAAGUCCAUUGCAGAGAGGAAUCAAGUGCUUCUGAAAAACCAAGAGCUUUUGCAGACAAAGUAUAAAGAAGCAGAAGAAAGGGAAAGGUUAUUACUCAAGUUGAAGGAUGAUAACAUACUGGACCUCAAGGAACAGAUACGAGACUUAAAAGUUUAUGUUGAAGCCCAGAAAAAACUUUCAAAUAUGGGAAUUUCAGAUGGGAAGGGAGGGACAGUUCUAUCUGUAGAAUCCAACAAGCAAUCUUCCAGCAAUUCUCGAAGGCGAACGAAGCCAGGUCGAAAACGGAACUAGCAGCAAUUAGUCAUCCUCUGCUCUUGUAUUAUAUGAGUUUUGAGCCAUGUACAUGGGAUGGUCUUGCUCAGUUUUGGUGAGGGUAAAAAAAGUCUCGAAAGUUUGUAAAUUCCUGAAGUUGGCCAGACAAGUUUUUGUACAAUCUAAAAGUUUCUUGUCAUUUCAAUGAGAAAAGCAAAACUUUGUAGACUGGGUCAAGUAGUUUCAAGUUUAGGAUUAUUUGAAAUAUCAAUAGACCCUUGUGGUCCUCUUGUAGAAAUGUAGGAUAAGGUUGUGUACAGUACUUAUGGCUGCCUUUUCGGGAUAUGUAUAUGCUGUUACAAAGGUGAAAAAGCCUGAACCUUUGAGACAAAAUGUGUGAGAAUUUCAGCUCAUUGAAGCCAAA